UUACACAGUUGGCUAAACGCAACAAACAAAUAACAGCAAUAUUUUGAAAUAUUUUUGAGUUAUCUUUGACCUAAGAUAAACAGCGAAGAGCUGGAGAUAUGUCGAAGUACAACUUUCGUAUUCGUCAGAAAAACAGCAUCAUGUCGUUGUGUGAAUACAAGAAGAAGAAUUUUUACAAUGAAGACAGCGAUGCAAUCCUUGAGGCCAAGCUUUACAAACAUUUGGGAAAUGGGCUUCCUGUUAUCAACAAUCUCAACGAUCUGAUUAAAGAGUUGCGAUUAAUUUUUGAGUGUGAUUCUGUCAAUGUCGAGUUGGUGAGUUUCCUCAUGAAAUCCUACAAGUCCAACCCUGUCGACUGGAAAAAAUACGCAAAAUUCGACCGAUACAGAUAUACUCGUAAUUUGGUUGAUAAAGGCAACGAUAGAUACAACUUGAUGAUUCUUUGUUGGGGUGAAGGUCAUGGUUCAGCAAUUCACGAUCAUGCUAAUGCUCAUUGUUUCAUGAAGAUGCUUCAAGGGUCGUUGGAAGAAAUCAGAUUCGCGUGGCCGCAACAAGAAGGGGAGGAACUCAAAGAAACAAAAAGGACGAGACUUAAUCUCAACGAUGUGUGUUACAUCAAUGAUUCUUUGGGUUUGCAUCGUGUGGAAAACGCCUCAAAUGUCGACACUGCUAUAAGCUUACACUUGUAUUGUCCUCCGUUCAAUAAGUGCUCAAUUUUUAAUAAAAACACGGGACAAAAAUCGACAGUCACCACCACUUUUUACUCGAUAUAUGGGAAACGGAAUAAGGAGAAUAAGGAGACUGACCAACCUGAGGAUAACUGAAACGACCUUUUCUCAGCUCAUUUAUUAUUAUUAUUAAUAAGAAAAUAAUAUAUUUUUGUAAAUUGAAUUAUAAAGAACUCUUCUUAUUAUUUAAGUUUUAAUGAGAAAUAACAAAAAAUAUAUAAAUUGCUAA